UACGACAAGCGAAUAAGACACUCCGGAAGAAAAGGCCCCUGUGCGCGGCACGUUUUAUUCAUUGCCUUGAUGAAUAUUUUGAAGCUCAUUUGGUCUAAUUUCAAGAUUUAAAUCAUAUAACAUGUAACCUUAUGAAGAUCUUCGUAUAGCCUACUAAAAACAAAAUCGUUAAUCAUGGACGAAGGCGAUGUAGAGACGCCGGAGGAGCUGUUACUAAAGCAGCAUCGCAGGGAGAAGAAGGACCUGCAAGCCAACAUCCAGAGCAUGAAAAACAGCGUUCCCAAAAACGACAAGAAAAGGCGGAAGCAGAUGACCGAAGAAAUCGCCAAGAUGGAGGCUGAGCUAGAUCACAAGCAUGAGGAGGAGCUGCGGCAACUCGUGUCUACGUCUGACACACAGGUGGAGGAGGCAGUAAAUGGAGUGGAGGGGCUGACGGUUGAGGUGCAACCUCGUGUCACCAAAGCUCAGAAGAGAAGGAACAAGAAGGCUGCCCAGGAACGAGAACGCGAGAACAGGAUCACCGAGGCCGAAGUGCAAAACCUGCAGGGCGAGCGCCACCUCGAGGGCGUCAAGCUGGCAGAGAAACUGUCAUCGCGCGGGCUUCAGAUCAAGGAGAUUUCCUCCGAUGGCCACUGCAUGUACCGCGCCAUCCAGGACCAGCUGGUGCGGCGAGAUGAGUCCGAGUUGAGCGUGAAGGAGCUGCGGUGUCGCACGGCGGCGUACAUGCGGGGCCACGCAGACGAUUUCCUACCGUUCCUCAGCAACCCCGACACGGGCGACGUGUACACAGCGGAGGGCUUUGAGAAAUACUGUAACGAUGUGGAGCACACGGCGGCAUGGGGCGGACAGCUGGAACUGCAAGCACUGAGCAGAGUCCUGCGGUGUCCCAUUGAAGUCAUCCAGGCCGAUUCACCGCCCAUCAGCAUUGGCGAGGAGCACGCCGGCGACCCCAUCAUCCUCAUCUACAUGCAUCACGCUUACGGGCUGGGAGAGCACUACAAUUCCGUGGAGCAGCUCAAGGAGCCGGCCGACAACAAACGAGCCGAGUGUGAAAGGACAGAAGGCUGAAGAAAUCGGAGCGGUAGCUGGGGAAAAAGAUGAAAGGAAUGGAGGAGGGCGAGAAGGCUGACGGCAAAGAGGAAUCAAGGAUAGUAGGAAGCUGGACGGACGGAUGGAAGGGGCUGUCACCUGUACUUGGAUUUGAAACCCUUACCCUGAAAGAUUAGCAUCCCCCUGCCCCCUUUACUAAAUCGAGGCUGCAUUGUAGGCACCGGCUUUGUGAGACCUUCAAAUUGCUGUGAUGAUCUGAAAUUAAAAUGUCAUGCCCCCCCCAAAAAUCAGCAAGGGAGCCAAUGCUUGGCUCAAUGCGCAUUGAUGAACAUUUGAGCCUUGGCCGGAGGCCAGCAAGACAUUCAAGCAUUGCGAAGGCAACAAAAGAGGCGUGUCCCCUGUGAGUCUGCGGGCACUUGAUGUCCCUCACGUGUUGGUUCAAUCGUUCUGUGAUCAAUGAAUAACUCUGUGCUGGUCUAUCCGAUUUUCCUCCCAGCCUUCUAAAAAUAGCAAGCGGGGGGGGGGGGGAUAGAGCAACAGUGACCAGUUGCAUGCUUUCCCUCCAGCUUUUCGUCCUCUUGGCUGUCAUGUGACUUAUCAGCUGGUCACCUACAAAAAAAAAAUAAAAAUGGGGGGGGGGGCCCAGCACCAAAUCCUGCUGUCAUCCCGUCAGCCUGCCUGUUCAACCAUCAUCUUCAACGUAUAUUUGACAUGCUCGUUUGGAUGCUGAACAUUUCCGCUGUGCACCUGAGCGAAGCGGGCCACGGAAAAGUAAAUUAAAACUAAAAUCUUCAGUUUCC